CCCCGCGCCCCGCGCCCGCCUCCCCAUGGCGCAGCGCCGCCUCACCGACUUCUACGCGCGCCGCCGCCCCGCGCCCCCGGGGUCCGCCGUCCCGCGCGCCAAGCCGGCCUGGCGCACGCCGAGCCCCGCCAAGUUGUUGCCCCGCACCCCGGGCAGCAGCCGCAAGCGCGCGCGCCCGCCCGCCGAGCCCACGCGCGACGAGCCCGCGCCGCCCGCGCGCAGGAGGCUGCGGCUGCCGGCCGCCGAGGUCCCAGAGCGCAGCCCCCCGGCCGCCCCCAGCCCCCCGCAGCCCCCUACCCCCAGCAGAAAGGCCGAGAGAGCCGCGCCCGAGAACCAGGUCUCGGCCCAGGACCCCUCCGAGCUCCGGCGGUGCCUGCAGCGGGCCCGGGAGCUGGGCGCCCGGGCCCGGGAGCUGACGGCCCACACCGACGAUGAGGACAGACCCCCAGCCGCGGAGGCCGUGGAGUCACGCAGCCAGCAGGCCUUGCCCGCCUACCAGCGCUUCCAUGCCCUGGCCCAGCCGGGCCCCCCGGGCCUGGUGCUGCCGUACAAGUACCAGGUGCUGGCCGAGAUGUUCCGCAGCGUGGACACGAUCGUGGGCAUGCUGCACAGCCGGGCCGAGACCGCCACCUUUGCCAAGGUCCAGCGCGGCGUGCAGGAUGUGCUGAGCAAACGCUUCGAGGAGCACAACCUGGGCCAGAUCAAGACCGUGUACCCCGGCGGCUACCGCUUCCGACAGGAGCGCGGCGUCCCCACCUUCCGGGACGGCGGGAAGAAGUCCACCUACCAGCUCACCAUCGAGCCGCUGCUAGAGCCUGAGGACGGGGCCGCGGCCCCCCGGCUCACGGCCUCGCGCCUCCUGCAGCGGCGCCAGGUUUUCAGCCACAACCUCGUGCAGCGGGUCCGGGAGCACCACCGGGCCUUCCUGGCCUCGCUGGACCCCCCGAUGGUGGUGCCCGAGGAGCAGCUGACGUGCUGGCACCCCCGCUUUGACGUGGACGGGGUCCCCGACAUCGAGCCUGCGGAGCUGCCCCAGCCGCCCCACGCAGAGAAGCCGGCCACUGCCCAGGAAGUGCUGUCGCGGGCCCGCAGCCUGCUGUCUCCCAAGAUGGAGCAGGCCCUGACGGCCCUGGCCCAGCGCACAGCCCAGGCCGACAGCCCCGCAGCCCCCAGCCUUCCGGCACCUGCCUCCCCGCCCACCACGCCCGCCGCCCUGAAGGGGGUGUCUCAGGCCCUGCUGGAGCGGGUCCGGGCCAAGGAGGUGCAAAGGCAGCUGGCACGGAUGACGCGGCGGCCAGAGCAGGAGCAGCGGCUGGAGCGGCUAGAGCGGCUGCCCGAGCUGGCCCGGCUGCUGCGUGGCGUCUUUGUGGCCGAGCGCAAGCCAGCACUCGCCAUGGACGUGGCCUGUGCCCGGAUGGUGGGCAGCUACCGCUCAGCCAUGAGCCCCGAGGAGAUGGAGCGGCACCUGCGCCUUCUCUCCGAGCUGCUGCCCGACUGGCUCAGCCUGCACCGCGUCCGCUCGGACACCUACGUCAGGGUGGACAAGGCGGCGGACCUGGCUGGCCUCACCGCCCGGCUGGCGUGCCUGGCACGUGCCGAGGCAGCGCUGUGACGUUGUGAGUGGACAGUCCCACACCGGGAGGAGGUGCACGCUGGCCAAGGGAGGCCGGCCUGCCUGCCUGCAAUGUGUGCAAAUAAAGUGGUUAAACUGGA